AUGGUACAGUUCAAAUCAAGCAAUACGCUAGCAAAGCAAAUUAAAUAAAGAAUUCUGAAUAACCAUAAAGAUAAAGAAAAUCCAUUUGAGAAAGUUUUAUAAUCUCCUUAGAAUGAAAAUAGGUAUAUGGAUAGGAAUAAAGCUCCAUUGAUUUACAGUUAUCAAUCAACUAAUAGCUAAGCAAAUAGUGAGUGCCCUCCGGGAAGAAAAAAUAAAGCACGGGUUAAACUGGAUGAAAAUCAGAAUCCUUAUAAAAAUGAAAAAAUCAUUCACAAGAAAAGUUUCGAGGGCUACUAAGGACCAAGCAGUCCAACAAAUGCAAUUAGAUUUAUCAAUCAAGUAAUGAGUUUCAAGGAUGUAAUGAACGAUAAAUAUUAUAAGCCGAAUAGACCCUCUGUUGGAUAUGGUUCAUCACCUUAGGCAAGCUCCACCACUUCCAGUAAAUAUUGCUUUUCAAAUAGGUCUAGUAACUUAUCAGCGAAGCAAUAGGUACUGCCUGAAUCAAUCCAUCAUAAAUCGAUCCAAUUGUAAUCAUAGCGGCCAUCUCAUGGAAGAUAGAGUCAGAAAAAGACUACUACUAAUUCAACUUCAACUAAAAUCUUAGGUCAGAAUAAUCAAGUGAUUCUUUAAGCUAAUAGACCUUAAGUCAUGAAUCUUAAUCGAUAAUAAUCUCCUUCGAGUUACAACCCAGUAUAAGUGAAUCUCACUAUCGCAGAAGAAAAUUAUGGUCCAUAGCAAAAGCAAGCCAUAGUUGAAACUCCUAAAUUCAAUCAAUAUUAUACUCUACUAGGUAAACACCAUUCAAAAAUAACAAGAUCGAACACAAGAAGUAAAUCACUAGUGAAAAGUUAAAUUCUGUAAUGUAACAGUAUGUCUAACAAUUAUGAGAACUCUAAGAGUAAUCGUUACAUCAGCAAUCAAAACUAGAAUAGCUUUGAAGAACAUCUAGACUAAGAGAUCUAUUAUCAGCUAAAUAAUGAGAAUAUCGGAAACGGGAUACCAAUGAAUGAAAAAUUUUAUAGACAAAACACUGCUUCGAUUAAUAACACUUCUUAAUUAGAUUAAAACUAUAAUAUGAUGGCGAGUUUUAAAUAAAAUCGAUUCUUUAUGUAAUCUCACAGUAGUUGCUCUCAUCAUGAGGAACAAAUAUCAAAUGAUCCAUAAUCAAGUUAGGGUAAGAGAAGAAGAAAUAAGGUAAUUAAACUUAAGAAAUCUGACAUUAAGUUCCAACAAGAUUAAUUGAAAAUGAGGAAUGAUAGUAGUACAAAUAACGCCAAAAUCUGUAUAGUGGAUAUUGGAGCUUAAAGUCCUAGCUAGUAGCCAAGACAGAGUAAAGUAAAAACUAGGAAAGCCACUAUUGAUUAGAUAAAUUUCCCUAACUCUGGCGGAAUAAUGAUUGGGUCGCCUAAGAUGUAAUAGAAAUAAUAGCAAGCAAAAAAUUAGUGUGAAAGCUCAAUUUUAUCAUCACAGUCAUCGAAUAUGAGCGAUAAUGAAGACAUUAAAAUAAGCUACAUUAAUAGUAAAACUUAAAUCAAUAAACUACAAUUCUCGAGAGAUGCAAUAGACAAUUAUCAGCAAUAUUUGAACCAAGAUUAUUAGCCUACAUAGAAAUAGGCUAAGAGUGUCAGAAAGACUAAAUAAGUCAAAUAAUUAAGAAAUCAUGAAGAUGUUUAGAGUAUUAAAGUCAUCCCUCGAUUCUCUAAAGUGCAGUUCAUCAAUUUGAAUAAUCAGAAUCUUGAUGAAAUUCUUAAGGAAUGCGAAGUGUAGCAAUAAUAUAAACAAGAUGACAGCUUAUUUAAGACUAUAGAGAAAACGAUAUCUGGCUAAUCAACUUAUAGGGAUUAUACAUACAAAGGAUAGACUAGACUUUAAGUUGAAGUUAUGCCUACUUCUGGAAGAAAUGAUCAUUUUAGUAUUGCCAAAUCUGAAUUUCUUCAAAUUAGCGGUUUAAAAUCCUCAAGGCAGCAAGAUACUAUCCAUCAAUCUCUAAUAUAGACAUAGUAAAAGAGUUUCAGUAAUAAAAUCAGUUUUAAUUAACAGCAAAUGGCUUAAGCCAGCCAGUCAUCUCCUAAUUAGCAACAAACUCUAGAAUCUAUAGAAUAAAGUGGAAACAAAUUUUAGGAAUUAGUGAUUAAACACAAGGUCUAAUCUUCUUAAAUCAAUACAAGAAAAAGUCUCAUGCAUUCAUCCAUCAACAUUGAAAGCGAUGGUUUUUCAAAUUAGAUCAGAAUGAUGCAAGAUAAAUUUCUGACACAUAUGCAACAAAGUAGCAGGUCAAAAUUAACUAAGGUUUUAGGUAAUGGACAAAUAAUGCAAUAGAUUAUCAUACUUCUGAACCCAAGAGAAAUGUGCAGACUCUCCAUCGUACUAAAUAAUAAAAGGCUCGGUUCCUUACUAAUAGAGUUCAAUAUUCAAUAUAAUAAGUGGAUUCUCAAUUUAGACAGUUCAAAAAUGAUAAAUAUAUGGAGAGAAAGAUUUAUUCCAAGGGUUAUUUCUUAUGACUUAUCUCAAUAUUAUAUAAGUCUCUCCUCUUGCAAAUCUCAAUAUGAUUUUGAAAUUGAAAAAGACAUAGAGCGAACCUUCCCUAACGAGAAAUAUUUUUAUAAGGGAUCCUAAAAUUAUUAUAAAAUGCUAAGAGUACUGAGGGCAGUCGCAUAUCAUAUGCCUUAGGUAGGCUAUGUGCAAGGUUUUAAUUUCAUCGCAGGAAGUUUGAUGAAACUUCUGAAAAAUGAGGAAUAGGUGUUUUGGAUGUUUAUAAAUAUUUUAACUUGGCGAGGCCUCUACUAAUUAUAUACGGAUGGCAUGCCACUUCUGAAAUUAAUGCAGUACUAAUUGAAUUGCUUUGUUCAGAACCUGUUGCCAGAAGUCGAGUUGUAUUUGAGUAAGAGAAAUAUAUUGCUAGAGUACUUCAGCUCUCAAUGGUACUUAACUUUAUUCUCGUUCGAUUUCGGGCUCAAUUUUUUUAAGAACUUUUUGAAUUAAAUGCUUUAGUAUGGACCAUAAUUUAUGAUACAGCUAUCCCUAGCUCUAAUUAAUUAUAUUUCUCCUGAGCUUUUGAAAAAAUAAUCUAUGGAGGAUGCUAUGGAAUUUUUGAAGGAUUUUCCGUAGCAGAUAAACUUACCUAUAAAUGAAAUAUUUGAGGCAGCACUUUAAUUUACGCAAGUUACAACGUAGCGAUUAAAUGAACUGCAAAUAAUUUAUAGAACAAGCAAAAGCAAAAAAAGAAUUCUAUUUGUUAAAGAUUAGGAUCAGGACAUUACGAUUCUCAAAACCUUACCUAAUCUUCCAGAUGAUGAAUAAAUGACAGAGUGUAAUGUGGAAGAGGACUCUGAUGAUUAAAAAGAAGAAGAAGAUGAGUACUCACCUAAAGGAAAAAAUAAUAACAAGAGAUAAAUUAAUAACUCAUUUUACUUAAACAAUGUAUCGUAAAUGGAAAUCAGACCAAACAGCGGAUUAGACUCAGUGAAGGAUAGAAAAACAUCUAGCAGACUAUUUAGAUUUCUUGAUAAUCAGGAUACUAUUGAGGAUCAGGAUGUUUAAUUGAUAUUAGAGGACCCAGAAGGAGAGUCAGUGAAAGAUAUGCGCUUUGAAGAUUACUAAUUUUACUCUAAUUAAAGUAAUGAUAGAACAAGACUCACCAGACUUAAUUAAAAUAUAUCAAGCACGACCAAACUGCAUCAAAUAAAAGAAAAUUAAGCAUAGAUUGAUGACCUUUCUGAUGCGACACCACUAAUUUCAUAUUAAAGAAUCCUCACUUCAAGAUUUGGGAACACAAAAUAUUAGAUAAUAAACAACUGUAAUUUAUAGGAAAGCUCAGAUCAGAACCCUAUCCUUAAAAUAUACUAAAAUAAUUCUUAAGUCCAACCAUCUCAUCAGAGUCAGUGUAAACAAACACAGGAAACAACUAAGCACUCUAAAAAGCUAUCUGAAGAGCUAUUACAUCAUAUGUCGAGAAGAAGAUUUCUGCACUCUCCUUCAGUUGAUAAUUUAAGAUCCUCAUUCAAACUUAACUAAAAAAGAUAAUCAAAAGUAUCAGUUAUAUAUACACCCAAUUCUGAGGAUAUCGCAGAAUCAGAAAGAAAACCAGUAAAGAACGCUUAGAAUAGAAUUUAGAUAGAUUAAUUCAAUAAUAAUUUGGUCGUUAGAAAGCAAUAGAGCAUCGAACACUUAUUGGAAUUUGAGAUUUAAGAUCCUUAGGUUGACGAGAGUCAUAACAUAUCCAAUAUUGAGGAGUUCAAUAACGAGCUUGAUUUUUAGUCGGUAAAUGAUAAGUUUCAGAAUACUUAGCGAUAUACUACCAGGCGAGACUAAAGAGAGGAUCUCUCAGAAAGAGAGACUCUCAAGUUGUCUUGGACAAAAACGAGGCCUCUGAACAGAGAGAAUUUCUAAGUGUAAUAGUUUGAACUCGACAAAAAGGGAUCUCACUUUAAUACUCCAUAUAAUUAAUAAACUAAUAGGUCAAACACAAUACUUUAAGAAAAGAGAAUAAAUAAUCCAGUAAAUAGUUUUGACCUAAGACGCAAUAACAGGAUGACUGAGCGGGCUAAAAUAAUCAAUGAGAAUCAGGACCCUAAUCAAGGAGGCAGCUAAGAAUUAUUCUAAGGAAUAAAAAGUAUAAGGCAAGGAUAAAGCCUUCAAAGGUCAUAACUUAUAUCCCAAAUUAAUCAUUCUUAAGAAGAAAUUUCAAAUUCAUAAAAAAGUAAACUACAAGCAAAAUAAAUAAACAAUUUCUAUCGAUUUUCUGCUACAUAGAAGAACCCUUAAUCGAAGCUUGCUUAGAAGAACUUAGAAAAAUAGAGGAAUAAGAUUCUACACAAUUGGUCAGCUAAUAACAACAAUAUGUAGGCCAACAACAAUAAUAUUAACAACAAUCGAGAAUAGGGUGAGAUAAACUAGGGUAUGAAGAAAAGAGCAACUGAAUAAGUAGAAGAGGUAAUAAAAUCAAUGAAAACCUCUUAAAUCGCCUAGCCCAUCACAAAAGUAAACAAGAUUUCCACAAAAUUAACAGCUAUUAACACUUAAUUUAACAAUAUCCCAUUAUCUGGAAGAGAUGAGGGGCAGUCUUUGUCUCACAGAUCUCUGAUAUAAAAGAAUAGUUGCUAUCUUUAGGUAAAUGGAGACUAUGAUUCAUAUUAUUUAAAGGGUGGUCUAGGUAAUGCUUACAGCGGUUAAAACUUACUCUCACCUCGUACUGUUGCUAACUAGAAGCAAAGUUCAAAGCUUGUUGUUCACAAAGGGGAUAACUUUUACGAGGAAGCAGAGUUGACUACUAUAGUUACUCCAAAGGAAAGUUUUUACGGUGGCGGGAUCCGCUUAAACUCUCAAUUGCUAAUUACUUGA